AUGCGCGAAAAAUAGUUUCAAAAUGUCUUACAGAGAUCUUAGAAAUUUCACAGAGAUGAUGAGGGCCUUGGGCUAUACAAGGCUUAUAUCCAUGGAAAACUUCCGCUCUCCAAACUUUCCAUUGGUCGCGGAGGUCCUUAUAUGGCUUGUCAAAAGAUAUGACCCAAAUGCUGACAUUCCCUCAGAUACAGAUACUGAACAAGAUAGAGUUAUCUUCAUCAAGUCAGUUGCACAGUUUAUGGCUACAAAGGCACACAUCAAGCUAAACACCAAGAAGUUGUACCAAGCAGAUGGUUAUGCUGUUAAGGAACUACUUAAGGUGACAUCUGUUCUAUACAGUGCUAUGAAGACUAACAUUGGAGGGGAAGUCACAAAUGAUGAAGAUGACACACCUAUAACAUUUGACAUCUCAUCAAGGAUUGGAGAUCUGAAGGAUUCUCGCAGAUUAGCCACUGAAAUAACAAGGAAAGGGGCCAGUCUAUAUGAUCUACUUGGUAAAGAGGUUGAUUUAAGGGAAGCCCGUUCCACUGUGAUUGCUCGUCAGCUGGAAAUAAAUGAAGUUGAGAAAGGAAUCAUCAAUUCUGUUAAGGCUGUAGAGAAUGAUAUUACAAAAACCAAUACUAAUUUAGAAAAUGUGGCAUCAGAUGAGGCAAACCUUGAAGCAAAAAUAGAAAAAAGGAAAGGAGAAUUGGAGAGAAACCAAAAACGAUUGGCAACUUUGCAGAGUGUCAGACCAGCCUACCAAGAUGAGCUUGAACGGUACGAAGAAGAGCUUGGGGGCAUAUAUGCGACAUAUCUGGAGAAGUUCCGCAAUCUCACUUACCUUGAACAACAGCUUGAGGAAUACAACAAAGUGGAACAAGAUAAACUAGAGGAAACUGAGAUGUCAUUGAGAAAGAUGGCUGACAAGAUCAAGAAUGAAGAGCAGAGACUACAGGUUCAGCUAGAGGAUGAGGAUGAGUUUGAAGGUCUGAUUGAUGAAGAUGUAGAAGUUGAUAGUGAUGGCUCAGAACCUGAGUUGCAACAUGCAGCCUCUAAACGUAAACCGAGACCAAGACACAGCAAACAUCGCAACUCUACCAGUGGUUUGGUUGAUGAUGAUGAUGGAGCCAGUGGAGACUCUGAUGAUGACCAGGUUGAACAAAGACGUCCACGUCCCUCACACAACAGAGAGAGACAAGCAGGCGCCUCUGGUCAGAGAGAUAACAACAUGGGCGGGAAACCUCAGGUGUUUGGAUCUAUGGGAAUGGGCGAUGACGACGACGAGGAUGAUGAUGAAGAUGAUGAAGACAGUGAUGAUAUGGGGUCUGGUGGCUCAGACAUAGACAUAGAUGAUGAUGAUAUAGGUGGCGACAGUGAAGAUGAUGAGAUGGAGAUGGCUAGGGCAGUGAGAGGUGCUCGCAAUAGAGGUGGGCAACCUCAGCAACCUCUAGAUGACAGUGAUAAUGACUUUUAGUUAAUCAAUGGCACAUAGUCACACAUGAAGCUGAUCUAUUGUCUCUGGAUAGUUCAUAAUAACUAAUACUCUCACACAUUCGAGUUAAUUAAGAGUGAGAAAUCUCAGUUGCCAACCAUUAAUGGUGUCCGUCCAUGUUAUACAGAUUGUUAGCCUCAUAUUUACGUGAUUGAUAUAUAACUUAUCUAUUAUCAUGUUCUGUACAUACGAAUGCAAUCACACUUGUUCUGAUUGUAUAUUCUACAUUGUGCAUUGAAUGUUUCUUAGUUUAAGUAUAUGGUACUGUAUGAUCAAAGUCAAAAUCUUUGGAUUCUAUUUCUAUAGUCCAUCUAUAUUAACUGAUGAUGCAUUUCAUGUUUCAUUUCAGUGCAUAUGGUUGCUAGAAUUACUCAACCACAUCACAGUGGCAGUACUUUUUCAAACCCAUGGAAAAAAGUUAUAUUUUCUAUAUUACAUACUAGAUAGUUUUUCCAUGCAUUUGAAAAGUAUUAUGAAUCUAAAUAGAUGUUAUACAGAUUUCAUGUUAUCUACGUAUAUGAGAUACAUAGUCAUAUAUAUGUAAUAAAUUAUUGUGUAUUGCGA